UCAAGAUUGAACCUAAACCCUAAAAAGUAUUGGUGAUCCCAAGUUAACCGAUAUUACAAUUCAAUUCGUCCCGUCUGUGAUUGGGAUUAUCAUCGACGAUAGGAGCGACUAGUAUGGGUUGAUCUCUAACAUUCCCAGGGUUUAAUAUGUUGUGCUUGAGUAAACGGCACACGGUUCUCGGACGUUUCAAACACCGCUCAGACUCCACCACUCGCGGGACCGGGAAAGCGACUUGUUAAAUCACCACGUCCCACCGUUUAACGGCUUUAAAUGCCGUGUCUUAUUAGCCGCGACACACGGCGGCUCGCGGUCAGGCGCUCAUCUCGUUAGUAUUCCGAAACUCUUCCAAACACAAGAGUUAAGUAGUUAAACUUGCAUGGUGCAAAGCGUGCAAUGUAUUGCCUAGCAACAGCGCAAGUGGGAUGCGCGUAAGGUUAGCGAAUAGAAACCUCAAAUACUGUUUCCAGGAGCAGGGCACCGCUCGCGUUGAGACGCUACUAACACGUCACGAUCGGUUGGCUGUUGCUGUGUAGUCUCCCCGCUGCCUAAUGGUUAUCACCUCCGAGCGUGUAAUUCUAUUGGCAGGUUAUGCUUUUAUUCCCCGAAGUUGUGUUUACUCGACGUUCCUUUGAAGUUCGAACAGGUUUGAGUCUCGGUAACUCCCAAACUUUGUCGAGUUAGCCGGCCUUCGACGCGGUAGGAGGUUGAUCUGAUUUAUAUUUCCAACUCGCACCUAACGUUCACGUUGUGCCAACGAAUCACAUUUCGGCUCUGGAGAGCCGCAGACCUCAGUAAAAGCACACGCUCGGAAACAUCUCCUCAGAAUGUGAUUUCCCGCACCUAAGUAGGUUUUAUCCGCGAUUUCCCUCAGUAAUUAUAAAGUACUUACGGGCGAGCCAUUUUUUUGUUUUCUCGGCUAACUGACACAAUAAGGCCAAUAAAGACGUGCGUGUGUGUGUGGAAUCAUCAUUUCAUGGCAGACUAACGGAAAGAUCUUUCUCUCAGGAUAUUCCCGCCUCCCGCUCACUUCGAUCAAAUAUUUCGCAUUGGCAGAUUAAGUUAACGAACAUCUAAGGUUACCGGAUUUAAUUUGCGUGGCAUUUUGACUAGUUUGGUCCGUUUUUUUUUAUUUUUAUUUAUUUAUUUUACAAUUAAAAAACACGACUGAUCGUUAAUUUACUUGCGUUUUAUAUUAAAUAAUAAUACCAUGGCGGUUGAGAAGGCGGUUAGAUUCAAAUUUGAACUUGUGGAUAUAAACGAACUCGUAGUUCAAAUUCGAAUCUAACGUCUGAAUUGAAAUUCUCUUAGCAGUGACGCAAACUGUAGCCGUUUACAGAAUGAUUUCAUAUCGUACAAAUAUUGUCAUUUUAAAACAAUCCCAGCAGCUGCAAAAGUCCACCUAUUUAUUUUCGUACCAGGGUGCGUUUUUCUCGGUGAGCGGUUCUCGCGCUCCUCCUAGCGGACGCGGAAUUGUACGGAAUUCCCGACCCGACGGGCAGCAGCUACCGCGCAUGCGCGGACGAAAACUCCAUGAUUUUUUUUGGCACGGGAUCCUAAGGAAAAAAUAGGAACUUGGAAACGGAGAUAAACUAAAAGCGGCCUCACAAAGACACGAUCGACCCCUCGCUCGCGUACGCGCGCGGAAAAGACGCUUAGGAGGGCGCAGGGGCUUCGGAUGAAGCGAUUGCACGCUCCGCGGCCGAGCAGGAUUCACGCGAAACUGGACGACAAUGCACGGGGCGCAAUAAAACCGAGCGUUAUUGCUCUUUGUUUUUAAGCAGGACGGCUCGGAUGGUGCGCGGGGAUGAAGACGCGGGGAAGUGGCUAAAAAUCACGCGGCGUUCGUAACAGCUCCCGCCACGGCGGCAUUUGCGGCUCGAGUCCGUCGAGACCCUUGUUCGGUGUUUCGCCUGUGUCGUGCAGCGCGCCGAAGAAGCAGGAAACUUCGUAAACACAGAGAUUGUCAGCUUCUGGAGAGUUUCGUAGAAGCCUCCCGGUCCAUCUGAGAGGAGCGGGAAAGAUUGUGUGUCGAGACAGAAUUGUUGUUGCAUUGUGUUGUGCUUCGUUAAUGCUGCGUAAAUGUCCUCCGAAGAGUGUAUUUCACGACUGGUGCUGACCGAGGCUGUAUAAAAAUGAAAAGGAGCUGGAUGUGUGUGAGCAGAAAAUGACGGGAGGCAGUGAGAGUGCAGCAGGAGAAAAAGAUGGAGGUACGACGCUCAUCGCUCAGAUCCCGGUUGGCUGGCAGAGGAAGGUGGAAAAUGGGGCUGUGUCGUACAUCAGCCCGAGUGGUACAGUCCUUCGAUCUGUGGAUGAGGUGAGGGCGUAUCUGCGGACAGACGGCACAUGUAAGUGUGGUCUCGAGUGCCCGCUAGUCCCAAAUAAGGUCUUUAAUUUUGACCCUGCUGCGAUGGUCCGAGCUCCUGGUCAUCAGUCAGGGAAAAUAGAGGAAGACAUGACCAAACUCUGUAAUCAUCGCAGGAAAGUUGAUGCCAUGGCGGCAUUAUGCCAAAGCAUGCAGCCCUCCCAUCUUCCCUCGCCAGCUCAAACCACAGGAGGUGUUAUAUACUCGGUGGACGGCAGAGAGCCGAGAGGAUCAAUGGUGGCUCAUGGAGACGGCGUCCACUGCACUUACCCUCAGCUAAGACACAACCAACCCAAAUCCAACAUUGGAUUUCCUCUUUCAUCUCCACGCUCUGUUGUUCAAAACGGUUCUGUUAACCUCACCCCAAAUUCACGGCCUCCAGAACAGGGUUCGCCUUUAAAGAAACCCCAGACGCCAGUGGGCUGCAUGCCUGGUUACCCAAAACAGCAGUGGAGCCCUCAUCCCCCAAGCAUCCCCCAAAGGACAGUGCACAACCCCACUUCCCCUAACAGUGUAAGACCAAGUGUACACACUCAUAUACAUCCUCCUGACCCCUCUACAUCUAUAACUCUAAGCGCUCGAGGAAACUCCCAGGGAGCCAGUGUCAAGUCGCCCUCUCCUCUGUCACCUUUAGACACUUUUUCACCCCGCCAACGCUCUCGACACUCUUCCACAUCCUCGCUCUCAGAGGCCCAAGGGUCUGUCUUCAUUCAGGGAGGCAAACCGUGCUCCUCGCCCAAGCUUCCUCUAGCGCCUUCCAGCCCUUGUAGUCGCUUGGAGGGCAUUCUGCAGCACUACAAAGACUGUAGCGCGAGCUCCAGCGCUAACCAAAGCAACCAUCAGACGGUGUUGGUGCAUCCCAACGCAGGCGACAAGAGGAAUGGCGUGUGCUCUGCUCAACCCCCGGGACUGCUUGGCCUUCCACUAGGUCAGAUUCUCAACCAACAGAAGAGUCAGCAAAAGGGCCACAUUAAUAACUCUUUUCCGGCCAGCAGCCUCCUUUCUGCGGCCGCUAAAGCCCAGCUGGCCAACCAGAAAACCCAGCUCAAUGCAGCCGAAGCGCUGACCACACUCCCUCUCGCGGGCUUGGACAAGGAGCAGCAGUCAAAGGUAUUGAUUAGCACUUUAAACAGUAGCGUCCAUCCCACUUCCGCCAGAGCGCAGUCCCUCACCGCCCUUUUGCUUCCGCACUCCCCUUCCCUUUCCCCGGCUUCCCCUGCCGUAGCGGAGAAAAACUUGAGGCGUAAACGUCAGAGGCGCUCGCCCACCGUAUUGAGCAUGCUCAAGGACUCGCAGUUGGGUCGGACCGCGGGAGAUCUCUCCGGGCCGCCUCAGCUCAUCUCGCCAUGCCUUUCGCCAACUUCUCCUCCCGUACCUCAUUUAGACAACCACCGGCUGCCCGUCGCUCCUCCGAAUACCUCCAGGUUGCAGGAUUCGGAGGAAGGCAGGAAGCCAGGACUUGCUAAUUCCCUCCCAUCUCCAUCCCAGCCCCUUUCCGCCCUGCUUCAGCUUCUUAGCAUGCAAAACGCAACCCAGCAGUCCACUGCCAUGCCUGGCACCAGGCACACAAACACAUUGCCCUCUUCACCCAGACCCAUCACUCCGCAGACGCCCCAAUGCGAAGCGCAGUCCGGGUUACGUUUACCCAACCACGCCCUGCAACCUCAACCCCAGAGCACAGUGCCCGUGCCGGACCCUCCCAUCCAGCGACCCCCAUCCCUACCCUUUCCUCUGAUGGGUGACGAGACAACCUUGAACCUCAAAACAACCUCCAGCAGCGCCAUCCUGAACUUGAGCCAGACGACGCCGGACCUCAGCAGUUCAAUUUUGAGCAUGAUGAACCAGAUGUCCUCAACAUGCUUGCCCUCAUUCCCGGAGAAAGGUUGUGGACCCAAAACAGCAGAGGCUUGUCUUGACCACAAUACCUACCAAAUUAACCAGUCCAACCACAAUCAAGCCGUGGAAAGUAAAGGUCCUAUGGAUUCGAUGGAUCAACCGGACUCGGAUGCAAGGUUGCUGGGUGGCUGUGAGCCGGACCACAGCCUAUCUCUGCCCCCCUCUUCUGACCUCUCUAACCCUACAGCCGACCCCGCUGUCUCCUUGCCGCUCGCAGAGGCUUUUCCCUUCAUGUCUCAAGAGCAGCUCCUCCAGCUUCUCUCCUCCAACGCCGGUCUGCCUUCCCUGCUCCCGCCGUUCCUCGGCUCCCUUCCUUUAGGGGUCUGGACGGGCGGCCAGCCUGCCCAAGCUCAGCCGACCGGUGCCAUCCUAAACCAGGGCUCUCCUCUCAACAUCCUCAACCAGGGCGAGCUCCCUCUGGUGAGCCUGUUAAAUCCGCCCAGCUCCGCCGAGGCAGGGGUGGAGGCCGGCGAGAAACCCCCCGGGCUUCAAGCCCUGCUCAUGGCUUCGUUGCUGCUCGGCCAGAAUCCGGCCGCCAUGCUGCCGCUGCCAGCGCUCAACUUGGAGCUGCCCGCGCUACAGCAGGUGUUCGCGGACGGAGCGUCCCUGGAGAAGACCCCCGCUCUGCUGGACUCGGUCCUGAUGGGGCCGGGGCUCCUGGAGGCCCUGCAGACUCUAGCGCCCAGCGCAGACGGCCAGUCGCUGCUGCUUUCAGCCCCUCUCACUCCACCCCCUCAUGCCUUCCUGUCGCUCAACCCCGCUCUGCUGACCGCAGCUCUCGCCCAGACCGAACCCCUGCCCAACCACACUCCACCCCCCCCGCCUCACUCUCAGGGGACUCUAGUUUCUACCUCGGUGUCCUGCGGCCCUCUGGUGUCCAGCACGGGGCCGGAAGUGUGUGACCCUCUGGCCGAGCAGGACAAGAACAACACCCAGACACCUCAGUUCCUGCCGCCUCUGCUCGCCCCCGGCGUUCUUGGUGAGCUCACAGCUCUGGGUAACAUCAGCGGUCUUCACGGAUUAUUAGGAGCGGGGCCCCUUCUUCUGCCGCAGGGCCCGUCUCUGAGCGUCCCGCUAGCCCCGAACCAGACGGCGCUCAACCCGCUCACCUGUCUGCAGCUGACGAUGGCGCCGGCGCUGAUGGGAGAGAAACCCGUGGCUCUACACGAGACGCCUUCGUCACAAGAUCAGCUUCCCUCGGCUUCGCUAUCCCAGGAUUCCCUGCUCGACCCGGUCCAGACGCCGCAGCAGCAGAGAGACCCGUCCCCGGGCUCCGGUCCAGGGCUGUUUGACCCGUACGGCUCCUUCAUGGACACCAUCUACACCUCCUUCCUUCAGGUGAGCGAGCGUGAUUCGUACCCGGAGCUGCCGCCUCCUCUCAGCCCGCGCCGAGCCUGCUCCGUCCACAACCCAGACCUGACCCGCCUCGGCCUGGACCCGGCCCAGUCCCAGUCCCCGGCCCGAGGGACGCCCAAACCCAGCGAGGACCCGUCGACCCCGCCGCCCUGCGACGCCCCGCUGGAGGAGGCCAAGACCGACGGCUCGGCCUGCGUCUACAGCAACGGGGUCGGCUCCGGGGCCGAGGGGCUCCGGGGCGAGGAAGAGGAGGAGGAGGAUGAAGAGGAGGAGGAGCGGCUCAGAGAAGCGGCCCAGGACAUCAGAGACGCCGAGCAAGUCCGGGCUGAAGACGUACACACAGGAGCCAGAAGAGGGCGCAAGAGGAAGCAGACGCUGCAGAGAGGGGCGGACCUUCUGGGCGGCAUCGACAGCAUCAUUGAGGAGCCGACGAUAGCGCUGUCCAGACCCGCACGGGCCUCCAGAGGGAAGAGACGCCGCGUCGUCCGAUAGAUACCGAUCGUACUUUCCCGCCAACACCAGCACUGUUGCCACGGCAACACCGUCUGAGCCGCACUGUGAAGAGUCUCCACGAUUCGCUUCGCCUCCGUCUGUCUGUGUUCGCUCACCUUCCGUUACCACGAAUACGACCGAUGUUACAUUGUUACAUUUUCAAACAGUUACCAGGCAACCAAUGAUAACUAUUGUUAAGUUGUAGCAUCGGUUUAGGAAUAGUUAUUGUUUAACUCAGUUACUUUUUGAUUCUUGUUUCAUGAUCGAGGUCCAGUGUGUUUUGACAGCUCUGUUUAACCCUCAGACCGCCCCAGAGGAAGAGGAGUUUAUUUCUUCGUCAGAUUCGGAGGAAUGCAGCACUGCAUCACUUGCUCCUCAGUGACUGCUCUGCUGUGAAUGGGUGCCGUCAAAAUUCAGUGUUCGGCUGCAUAAAUUGCAGUGACGUGAUCAAACAGAGACGCAAACGUAGACAGUGGAAACAUUGAAGUGUCAGAGAAAGAUGCAAAAAAAACAAUCUGAGGCCGUUUAGAGGAGGCCAAUCAGAAAAAACCCAUUACAUUAAAUCCAACAGCGCUGCUCAAGCUCUAUUAAUACACUGAACAUUCACACAAGAUGUGCAUAUUAGCAUCUGUAAUAUUUUCUAGUGUUUUAAAAGCAUCUUCUGCUAAGCAAGGCUGCAUUUAUGAAGUAAAUAAUACAUAACUGGUUCAAGAAGGGGUUCUCGGAGAGGGCCAAAAAACCUUUUACUAACUUGUUCACUUCAAGUUAAAUUGGGCUUUUUCGGUCCUGUGUAUGCUAGAAUAUUAAGUAAUAAUAAUAAUAAAAAAAGCAUUUGGCUAUUUAAUAUAUGGGGAAAAAAAGGCAAAAUAUAUGAUGGUUUUUAUCAGCUGUUAGGACUCUCAUUCUGACGGCACCCAUUCACUCGUACAUGUUGUUUUGGGUGAACUGUUCCGUUAAGAUUUCACUCCCAUCAGUCUCCAGGUGCACGCUUGUGUCCAAACAUCCCUCAGAUGUUGAAUCUGUCUCGUUCUCGGACCAAGCGACUCGUUAUCCCGCAAAUACCCACAAUGCACCUCAUGAACCAUUUUCAGCCCUAGAUUCAUUCGUUAGUUUUCAGUAAUGGCGCCCUGCAGUGACCUCGAAACGAGACCAAAUCUCACUCAACACUCGAUGGUUUGUCUUUGCAGGGCUUUGUGUUUUCUGUUUAGUUUUUUUCCCUGUGUGUGUGUGUGUGUGUGUGUGUGUGUGUGUGUGUGUGUGUGUGUGUGUGUGUGUGUGUGUUAGAAGAGAGGAUCUGUAGGUUUUAGGGGCUUUAGUCGUGGAUCUGCACAGAGCUCAUCAACACAGGCACAAGAUUAUUACUGAAUAUUUAAAAUAAUGAUUUAAUAAUGAGGCUGAUUAUGCAAUUUUACUAUUGAAUUUAUGUAUAUAUGUACAGUUUUAGUAUUUUAUUUUGUACACCUUUUUUAGGAAAAAAUGAUCAAUUUGUAAAAUAUUUCUCCUCCAGAGAAACCCUUCCUUUCUCAUAUUCAUGUUUGAUUUGUAAAGAGAAUACUUUGAGAAUUGUGAACAAGUAGCAUUUCCUUUUUUAUUGGGAUUGAUUUGAUUUUUUUUUUUUUUUAAUUUAACAAAUUAAAAUGUUUUAAACGAU